AUGGCCGUGGCGGGGACCAACCACGCUGUCUACGGGGCUGGAGCGGCGGCAGCUGGCGCUGCUUACAGGGCUGGUGGCACUGUUUAUGGGGCCGAGGUGGCAGCGGUGGCUGGCACCACUUUCAGGGCCACUGCGGUGCCGCUUACAGGGCUGGCGGCGCUGUUUACGGGGCCGCAGCGGCGGACACAGCCGGUGCUGUUUACGGGGCCAGUUGCACUAUUCAAGGGGCCAAGGCGACGGACGCGGCCGGUGCUGCUUACGGGGCCAGCGGUGCUGUUUUCGACGCUUCCCCGCAACGCUUUCUCUCCGCUUUUCAGUGCUUUCUCGCAGCGAUUUCCUGCAGCGCUUUCUCGCCACUUCUCGGCACUUUCUUGCGAAAAGCUAUUAAAGCUAUAUUUUUAUAUUUCUGAUGAAUCCCAUGUUACCUUUGAUGUGGAUUCCUUUACAAAAGCCCUGGACAGAAUUUUAGGAGCAGACUCGGAGGAGCUGGAUUCUGAUGAUCUGGAUGAAGAGGAGGAGUUUGAUUUCUCAGAUGGGGAUGAUGAAGACCUGGAUGCUGGAAAUCCAAGGCAGGAGCAGAAGGUGUCUCCUGAGGAGCUCGUGGGCAGUCUCAAGUGGUACAUGAAUGAGAUGGACCGAGAGCUGGCACAGACCAAGGCUGGGAAAAGUUUCACCUCCCAAAAGAGAGGGGCAGGUUGUGUUGAAGCAGCCACAUCUGAGAGUGCUGGCCCUGGUUCUGGAGCUGAGGAUGCUGAGCUGGCACCCGUGGAUGUGGACAUGAACCUGGUGGCAAACCUGCUGGAGUCCUCCAGUGCCCAGGCUGGCCUGGCAGGACCCAGCUGGAACAUUUUACAGAGCAUGGGGGUGACUUUACCUGAGAACACAGAUCUCACUGGCUCCAGCAGCCGAGCAGUGCAGUGAGAGACUUUGGACAGGACGGGGCUGGUGGGG